ACCCAAGCAGUAGCCUUCCUUGUUUGCAGUGUCGACCAUGAGGCACCUCUCUCUUCUCCUGGCUGUAUGUGUUGUGUGUUCGUCCUCCGUUCAAGGGAGCAACUGGAUGAAGAAGUAUGAGGAUGGCCUGAAAGGGUACAGCGAGGAGUCUCUAGCUCAGGAGUUUCCAGAGAAAAUAAGGCCCCAGAAUUAUAAGCAUCCCCUUUUCCGGUGUCCAGACAUGAGCCCCUCAUCGAGCGUUCCCACCUCUGUUCAGCGUGUGAAGCCAGCAGACAUCAAAGUUAUUGCUGCUCUGGGGGAUUCACUGACAACUGCAAUAGGUGCAAAUGCAUCAAGUAUCCUAGGAAUACCAAACGAAUAUCGGCAAGUUUCAUGGAGUAUUGGGGGAUAUGGGACUUACCAAGAUGUCAUCACCCUGGCAAACAUUGUCAAACUCUUCAACCCCAAUGUCAUUGCACCAGCCCUUAAAAGGACUGUGAAUGGAAAGCCUGCCACACUGAAGGAAACGGGGUUCAACCUGGCAGUCACAGGACACAACACAUAUGAAUUUACACAACAGACUAGGCACCUGAUUGAUACUUUGAAAAACUACCCGGGACUCAGUUUUGAAGAAGACUGGAAGCUACUGACCAUUCUUAUUGGAAAUAAUGAUAUCUGCGACUACUGUAAAAAUAAGACCCUUUAUUCAGCGGACAGUUUCAUUCAUAACUUGACUGUUGCCUUGGAUAUGCUGUAUAAUGAGAUACCCAGGAUGAUCGUGAAUUUAGUUGAGGUCCUGGACAUGGAGGGCCUCCGGGAAGUGAAUGAUGGGAGCAUUGGAUGUUUGCUUCAGAGAUCUUUCUGUUCCUGCCUGGUGAGGCCAGAUACAGGUUCUCCUGAGCUGGAGGAGCUCAUUGAACUAAAUCACGAAUUCCAGAGAAGAAUGGAGCAACUAAUAGGAAGUGGCCGGUACAAUAAGGAUGAUUUUUCUGUGGUUCUUCAGCCGUACCUGAAAAAAGCAAAGCCUCCAAAGGAUGAGAGUGGAAAAGUUGACUACUCCUUCUUUGCACCAGACUGCUUCCACUUCAGCAUAAAGGGGCAUGAGGAGCUGGCCAAGGGGCUUUGGAACAACAUGUUUCAGCCAGAUGGUGAGAAGUUUGAAAUUGAGAACUUUUCAGAACCAAUAGAGCUCAUUUGCCCACCGGAGGACCACCCUUAUAUAUAUACUACUGGUCAUGUUAGGAACACCGCAAGUGUGACUCAAAGCUCCGUUGGACAGAUCUGACUCCAUGUAGUUCUGCUGGUUCUGUUGAUGCUGAGCCUCUUCUUCUCAUGAAUCUCAUGAAAGGUCUUCAUUUACUUUGGUGUUUGAAAUAUUUUAAACCUUCAGCUUCACUUUGCAAUACCACCAGGGCUUCAAUAAGGACUAUGACGCCUAUCCAGUUCGCUUCCCUGAAGAGUGGUGGUGCCAGCAGGUUUCAUACAGUACAUCCCUUUAAAUCAACAGCUGUGCAUAUGCGAAAAAUAUCAAAUUGGUUUCACUGAGUAAUUAUUUCUUUCACCAAACAGGAAUUCAAGGACUAGCCCUGGUCACCCCUUCUCUAAAGUAAUUGCUGUAAUGAUUGUCCACUCCUGCCUACAUAGAGUUCUGUUGGAUUCCUUGUUGUAUCCCAGUGUGAUUCACAAACAGAGCUGAGCUAGAAGAAAAGUGGAUGACUAAUAAAGUUAUUGACAAACCGCAGAACAGUGGAAAGUGCUGGUUUUAUGUGAGUAUUACUUUAAAGAUCAUGAAAGGUUUCAGUGUCUCUUAAUAGAAUAUAUUGAGGGGAUUUUAGCUAAAUUUGGUAGACAUUAAAUGCCAAUAAAAUGAUGAGAGCACAGGCACUGAAUCUCAUUGGUGCUAUAGUCUUUAACAUGUGCUGAUUACAGAAUCUGUGCUGCUUCAUAAGCAAGCUACCUACCUUUUAUUACUGAAUCCCUCAAGUGCAUCAGCAUCAAAAUUAAAGCCAUGCCCCAUUUCCUUCUUUCUGUGGCCUCAACGGUGUAGAAUUAAACAGGGCAGUAUGACAAGCCAUUAAUCUAAGGGAUUUGAGGAAAGAAAGAACAAAGAGUCUUUACCAAAACAGCAUUGGAAUGGUGAUGACCUUGAAAUAAAAUAAAAAAGCAGCGCCAUUUUGUCAAACAAUCCUUAAAAUGCAAAUUUGUGCAAAAGAAAAGGACUUGUUGUUAGGAAAUGUAUAUUAUUCUCUAAAUUCUGCAAUUCUGCUAUGAUACAGUAAUACACUUAUUUUUAAAGGACAAAUUGCUUUUCACCUUUUACAGCAUUAAACAAAUGACUAAGGAAAACAAAAGGCUUAUUCAUAUUGUUUAGUUUAACAGUAUCAUCAGAAAAAACAACAUAAUCAAGAAUGUACAAUGAGCAAAAAAAAGCUGCUAAUACUUAUUGUAUUACAUAACUUCCCUUAAUCAUGUGUUUAAUAAAUGUAUCAGCAAAAAUAGUAAAAAUAAAAGAGGUGAAUUGUUUGCUUA